AUGACGGACCGCUACACCAUCCAUAGCCAGCUGGAGCACCUGCAGUCCAAGUACAUCGGGACGGGCCACGCGGACACGACCAAGUGGGAGUGGCUGGUGAACCAGCACCGGGACUCGUACUGCUCCUACAUGGGCCACUUCGACCUGCUCAACUACUUCGCCAUCGCCGAGGACGAGAGCAAGGCCCGCGUCCGCUUCAACCUCAUGGAGAAGAUGCUGCAGCCCUGCGGGCCCCCCGCAGACAAGCCCGACGAGUCCUGAGCUCGCAGAGAGAGCGGGAUGGAGGGAAGCGGCGCCCUUUGCGAAGCUGAAGAGAGGCCUCACCUUGCCCCCGAUCUUCCUGCCUCGACUGCACUCUUCACAGCAGGCACCACUCAAGAGCCACCUGGACUCUGAAAAUCCGCCUCCCAGGCACCGGGAGAAACCCAAGGCCGGCCGUUUCCCUUCUUCUGCUUUCCGACACAAACGUGGCUUGCUUUCCGGACUUGCCAGAACACCUUUCCUAUUCCUCUGACUCCGGAGCGUUUUAGCCGCUACUAAAUGCUACGCGAUAUGCUUUCUCACUCGUUUGUUUGGAUGCUUGAUUCGAACAGAUUAAAAAUGGGUUGCAUCUUGACACAUGCCACCCAAACAUAAUUCAUAUAGCAGACAUGACGCCAGAAAUAAUUCUAUGGAAGGUGUUUUCUUGCCUUUUUGUCUGGAUGGUUAACGAACAUGAACUGAAACGCAGUUCUAUAAAGUCAGCUGUUGUAGCAAUUUAAUAAAUACCUUGCCAGGUGUUUUCUAA